AUGGUAGACGGAGUCCGCGUCCACGUUGGGCCCACGAUAAAGUAUCUAGGCCUGACGUUGGACGGCCGGUGGGACUUCAGGGCCCACUUUAGGGACCUGGCCCCACGGCUCAGGAAGGCAGACCUGGCACUCGUCAGGCUGAUGCAGACCCAGGGGAGACCGGGUUGGCAUGCUCGCCGCCUGUACGUCGGAGUGGUCCUGUCGAUCGCCCUCUAUGGGGCGUCAAUAUGGGCGCCCCAGCUGCUGGCCACCGCCCAAGGCAAAAACCUCAUGCGCCAGGCGCUGAGGGCGGUGGCCGUGAGGGCGAUCCGAGGGUUCCGCUCCGUGGCGCAGGAGGCGCGCGGACUCACGUUUCAUCUGGUGCAGGUGAUGACCGAACACGGAUGCUUCGGUCAUUACCUGAACCGGAUUAGGAAAGAGCACACCACCAGGUGCCAUCACUGCCCGGAGCUGGACGACACAGUGCACCACACCCUGGCCGAAUGCCCUGCAUGGGACAGGGAGCGCGGUGUCCUGGCCCGGGCAGUGGGGUGCAGGGAGUCUGAACUCUCGUUCCCGCGCAUGGCAAGGGCCAUGUGCGGGAGCGAGGAGGGGACCGGGGUCCCACUCACCUGGCUCUAUGUGCCAGGUGGCCACAAGGACAGCAGCCCUGAACCUGUCCACAUCUAG